AGCCUAAUAUUGAACAAGAAGGCAGUGAAAAUAAUGAAAAUUUACACAAUAUGUCAGGGAGUAAAAAAGAUUUCUGAAACAACCCAUUCAACUUGGUAAAUAUACCAUUGGAAAGUUUGCUUUACAGAUUUGCAUUGACCCAACUGGUUAGACUAACAUCAUGCUUUUCCAUUUUGCUUCUGCCGGGUAUAAAUUAAAUAGUUAUGUAUAGUCAAUAGUCUCUGAAAGGUCUUGUUAAACUCAUGACAGUAGAAGACUUAAGUAUAGAAAAUGGUCUCAACUUAUACAACUUGUACAAGUACUGCAUGGAGUCGACUGAUGCCAUCUGAAUAAUAAUGUUUAUCUUAACAGGUCACAAUUCUUCAGACAUAGAAUCUCAAGAUGAAAACGACAUCAACAAUGCAAGCCAAAAUUCUCUUGAUGUUCUCAGCAAAUUAGCAUGUGAAAAUAUUUCUGAGGUACCAGAGUACGACAUUGAAAGUGGAACAAGAGAUGAUGCAGUAUAUAAUGUUGUUGGAGACCCAGAUCAUGAUAACACAAAUGAUCAUGGUGAAGCUAUUGCUGCUGAAUUCUUUGAAGAAUAUGCUUGUGACGAGACUGAGUCAACUCAAGAACCCAACCAAGCCUCUGGUGACAAUAAUUUUGUUCGAAAAAGUGUCAGAAACCGGCGACCACGUCAACUCUCACCAGACUUAGUUGAUCAAAGAUCUCCUGUUUCAAAACGACAAAAGACAAAUGCACCCUCAAAGACAUUGCGUGCAAAAAAGAAAAUUGAUGCUCCUUUCAAAUGUGAUUUGUGUGGUUCCCAACAUAUUACUGACCCAACACGGCGAGGAAACCGUCUCAAGUCGUCUGCUCAUGCACCAAGCCCAAGACAUAAGCUUGAUCCUGAAUCUGGCAAGAUGUUGACACUUUGCAAUGCUUGCGGCUUGUCUUUUGACCGAACGAAGGUACCACGUCAUCGAGUUGUGUGUGAUCCUGAAGCUAAGAAAUUGUACUUGGAGGAAGCUCGUAAUUUUGCAGUAUCACUUGCUGAAGGCUUGGACGAACCAGAUGCUUUGAGACUGUUCUGUCCUCGUUUCAAAACCAGUGCUUGUGCUUGCUUACAGAAAUACAUUGUGGCUGAAGGCAACAUGGAUGAGUCUCGUCAACGAGCGCAGACGCUGCUUGAACUUCACAAACAAUCCAAGAUUCUUUCCAAGAAGAAAUGUUACAAUGCAGAUGACCAGGGAAACUUGCCUACCUCAGUCGAGAGGAAAGGAAAGAGAGGAAAAAAUAUCGGUCUUGGUAAUGGGCAACGUAAAUCAAAGGAAUUUGAAACGUUUGUCUUGGAACAACGUAAAUACCUUCGCGAAGAUUUGAAACUUUGUGAACAAGCAACUCAAAGGGUUUUGUGUUAUUCAAACAACUUCUUACAUAAAAAGUUGAAGACUGAUCCAACGAAACCUUUGCGUGUGGAGCGGCAAAAAGGCCAGGCUGUUCUUGGAAAGUUAAAACCCAUCCAGGAACUCACCAAUGAGUCUUGUUGCGUUGAUAAGUGUGUCUCGAUGGUUCUCACCCACAGUAAACUUCUUCAACAAUGGCGAGAUCGAUCCGCCUCUGGUCAAGCAGAAGCGCGCCGUGUUUUAGCAGAAAUGCUGACUCCAUCAGGAGGUGCACGCUCGAACUGUUAUAAAUUCAUAUCCUGGGUUACUGGGUGUAGUCACAGUACUAUCGGUAGAGUUAACGAACAAAUGAAGAAAACAGGUGGGGACCGGGAACCACCUGCCCAUGGCUUGAUCAGUUGGUGGAAAGAACACCCUAAACCUAAAAAGGUGAAACCGAAACCAGUACCGCACAAUGCAACGUCACAUGGCGUUCAAAUUCAAUUUGCCAAUUCUCAGAUACAAGCCUUGCAACAGCUUGGAAUCUUGCAAGCGAACACGGGAAAUGUUGGUAUAUCCGGAACACUACUCUCUGGACAAAAUAACUCGCAAGUUAUCACUAUUAACUCCUCUCUAGGACUGAAUGUGCCCGCGACUACACAGGCACAAAACACAAGCCGACAGGUUGUGUUAUCUCCAACGCAACACACCCAACUGCAAAUCCAACAAUUACAACAGCAACAACAACAAUUACAUCUGCAAACUAUGCAACUUCAACAACAACUACAACAACAGCUGCAACAAGAGCAACAACAUUUGCAGACACAAAAUGCCGAUCAAAACCAUGCGAUAAUUCAACUCCCAAAUCAAGUCAUGUCAAAUCCCGACGCACCCUGUCUUACUCUCACACAAUCCCAUGAGUUUCCUCAAGGUACCUUUACCACCACCCUUCACCCAACACCGCAAGUUCAAGCUGUAUGUCCGAGUAAUGGUAGUCUGGGAACUAAUUCCCAGUCCACAUUGUCUACGGACACGUUUUUGUCAUCGGAUACAUUACAAAUAUUGAACUCAGGCCAAGUGUCAGCGGUUGCUCCACAUGUUGUUACAUUACAGUGCUCCAAUGAAUCAAGUACAACCCAGGCAAUACCUGUCUCCCUGAUACAGACCCCAGUUUCUUUAUCGCUGUAAUUUGACACAGCCGACUGGAAAUUUGUUUGGGGUGUGACCUGUGGGCACUGAUUUAUAAGAAGGAUCAGACCAUCACUGUGUCAUUCAUUCAAUUAUUCAACCUAUAUAUAAGCAAUUCAGGGACCGGUUGUAUCAAGCCCGUUUUAUUAGCUUAAACGCUGGAUAAGUCAAAAUUA